AUGUCUGAGGAGUCAAGUGAUGACUUCCCUAGCAAAUGGAGUGGUUCGAGUGAUGGAGAUUCAAGUGAUGUCCAAGAGAUUGAUGCAAGGAUUUUUGUCUUGGAGAGCAAGGAAGAGAAUGAUUUCAGGAGCAAGUGGGAUCUGAUAUUUCAGUCGAAAUUGGGAUUUGAUGUAGCUGCAAUUCAUAUACUUGAAGAUCGGAUUAGUGAGCUUCCAGAUGAAAUCCUUAGUCUUAUUCUAUCGUUUCUAACACUCAAAGAAGCUGGCAGAACAAGUAUUUUGUCGAAAAGAUGGAAGCAUGUGUGGAAAUAUGUUCCUGAUCUUGAUUUUAACGCAUUCACUACAUUAUGCGAGAUGAGAAGUUGGAAUUCUCUCAAAGAAUUGAUUUUCAAACGGGUCUUAGUUUCUGGGGGCGCUGUUGAAUUCCUUCUGCACAAUUGCAAUAAUCUUGAAAGUUUGGGUGUGCAUGCCUCAGGUCAUUUAAGAUCUUUGAAAAUUGGGAGGCAUAGAGCACUAGUGCUUAAGAACGUUCCGAAGCUUGUGCAUAUUGGCAUCCUCUCUCGUAGCUACGUCGUCAAGGAUUUUGUUUGCCAGUUUUCAUGCUACUUUUCAAAGCUCGUGGUUCUUUUCUUAUGUCUAGAUCCUAAUCAAGCUAGAGAGUUUGAUGUAAAACUACCUCAGCUACCUGCACUGAAGCAGCUAUCUCUAAAGUUUCUAUUACUUUUUAAAGAAAGCAUGCUUGGACUUACUUCAUUCUUUAGGGCAUCACCAAACUUGGAGAAGUUUGUAAUAAAGCUAGGAUACUCAUCUGAAGUAAGGACCAACAGAGAGCCAGAGAAUGUUGUAUAUUACCCAGUUCAACAUCUUAGAGUGGUUGAGAUAAUUGGAUAUCGAGGCCGUUCAAUUGAAUUGGACCUAGUCAAGUACUUUCUUGAAAGUGCUGUUUCUCUCAAGAAGAUAAUUGUUGAUCCACGUUUUAAAGAGGUUGAACAUUGUGGAGAAAAUUGGUCUUGCGAUCUUGAGACACUCACUGUGGAAGCUGAGGCUGAGGCGAUGGGGUGUUUGCAUGCCUUGGAUGCGGUGGAUCCCUCAGUUCAUCGUGAAAUAGUGCUGUACACAGAUUGUUUGGUCUUAACUCAGCUUCUUCAGCAUCAGGUUACUGCACCACAGGAAUUGCAGCUGCUGCUUUCUGAUACUUUCUGUCGUUUAGAUUGUUUUUCCAGGUUUUUUGUUUGUAAAGUUUCUCGCCUUCAAAGUACAGGAGGCUCAUGA